AUGGUAUAUUGUGAUGUUAAAUAUUCAAUCAAAUGUGAACCAAAAUUUGUAACAUACAGAGACUUUAACAACAUUAACUUAGAGGCAUUUGAUAAUGACCUUUAUCGGAUAGACUGGGAAAGCAUACUUUACUUCAGCGACAUAGAAAGCAAAGUUGAGUUUUUGACAUCAAACUUAUUGUCACUUUUUGACUUGCACUACGGUCUCUGACUGUCGAACAUGGAGGUACCACCCGGCGGAUCUCGUAGGCGGAGCCAGAAUGUGUGCAUGUUGCAUGCACACGUGCUCCCUCGCCAGAGUCCGUGUG